CUUGACACGUUGUGGUCGGAUCCGAUUUGGUUGUACCUACCUGGAAGCACACGGGGCGCACCUGAGAGUGAAGUGCGGCUUCACUCGGCUCUCGAAAGCCCGCUCGGGUUUCACUUCCCUGUGAGAUAUUAAUGAAACGGAGUGAGACAGCGUAGCAACUUUGGCAGCGGGUAAAUAAUUAACCACUGAACACAGUUUACAGACGAGCUGGCAUGAGGAGCUGAGCCAAGCGGCAGCGGAGUGCGCCUACCGCCGCCUGUGAACCGGGACAAAACAAAAUAAACAACCCUACAGGUGUUUUUGUAUUUUCUGCUAUUUCAUGUCAUUUGAUCUGGAUACACGGUGCUGUAAUCAUGCUUGGAGCGGAGAGCAGGCUGGAAAGCCGGUUAAAGAAGCUGGAGACCCUGAUGAGGAACCCGCAGUCAGCACUAAACUUGGAAACCCUACUGGUGAGUUUGCGUUUACCUUCAAGGAUUCCAUGAACGCGCUGGCUCUUGAUCUGAACUAUCCUGCCCUGCGGAAAAACAAAAACAUAGAGGCCUUUCUGAACCGAUAUGAAAAGGCAGUGAGUCAGCUGCGAGAGCUGCAGGUGAAGCUUGAAGACUUUGAAAAAGUGAAGUUGAUUGGGAGAGGAGCCUAUGGAGAAGUGCAGCUGGUCCGUCACAAGGCCUCUCAGAAGGUUUACGCCAUGAAGCAGCUCAACAAGUUUGAGAUGAUCAAGCGGUCAGACUCUGCCUUCUUCUGGGAGGAGAGGCACAUCAUGGCAUUUUCCAACAGCCCCUGGGUUGUUCAGCUGUGCUGUGCUUUCCAAGACAACAGACACCUCUACAUGGUAAUGGAGUUCAUGGCCGGAGGCGACCUGGUCACACUCACCAUGAACUACGACAUACCUGAGAAGUGGGCUCGCUUCUACACAGCUGAAGUAGUGCUGGCGCUGGACGCCAUCCACUCCUUGGGCUUCAUCCAUCGUGACGUUAAACCUGAUAACAUGCUGCUGGACCAAAACGGACACCUCAAACUGGCAGAUUUUGGCACAUGCAUGAAGAUGGACGAGACAGGGAUGGUGCACUGUGAAACAGCAGUAGGCACACCAGACUACAUCUCCCCUGAGGUGCUUCAGUCUCAGGGUGGUGAUGGUUACUAUGGCCAAGAGUGCGACUGGUGGUCUGUAGGAGUCUUUAUCUACGAGUUGCUGGUUGGGGAAACCCCCUUCUAUGCUGAGUCCCUGGUUGGAACUUAUGGGAAGAUCAUGAACCACAAGAACACACUCAUCUUCCCAGAUGAUGCAGAGAUAUCUCAGGAUGCCAAAGACCUCAUCUGUGCCUUUCUUACUGACAGGGAGGUUCGUCUGGGCCGUACUGGAGUGGAUGAGAUCAAAUGCCACCCUUUCUUCAAGAACAACCAGUGGACCUUUGACAACAUCCGAGAGACUGUGGCUCCAGUUGUGCCAGAGCUGAACGGUGACAUAGACACCAGUAACUUUGACGACAUAGAGGAUGAUAAAAGAGAUGCUGAGACCUUUCCUCAGCCCAAAGCCUUUGUGGGCAACCAGCUACCAUUUGUCUUCUUCACUUACUUCAAGGAGGACCAGCUGCUGAACGGAAACAACAACUGCUCCGUGGAGGUUUCAGAGGACAGCAAGGAAAACUCUGAAGAUAAGGAGUAUUGCUCGGACAGUAAAAAAGAGCUGCAGAAAAAGCUUUAUCAGCUGGAGGAGCAGCUUGACCAUGAGAUGCAGGCCAAAGAUGAGCUGGAGCAGAAGUGCAAAAACGCCACCAACCGUUUAGACAAGCUGGUCAAAGAACUAGACAAGGAGAUGAGUGGCAGGCAGAAAGUCGAGGCCUCGCUAAGGCAGCUGGAGAGAGAGCGAGCUCUGCUGCAGCACCAGAGCACGGAGAACCUGCGCAGGGUGGAGAUUGAAGCAGACAGAAAACGCAGCCUGGAGAACGAAUUGAACAACCUGCGGGACCAGCUAGAGGAUCUCAGGAAGAGGAACCAGAAUUCCCACAUCUCCAAUGAGAAGAACAUCCAGCUGCAGAAACAACUCGAGGAGGCCAACGCUGUGCUUCAGGCUGAGCAGGAGGCGGCAGCGCGGCUGAAGAAGAGUCAGGCAGAGGCCCUGAAGCAGGCUCAGAGCCUGGAGGUCAGCCUCAGGGAGAUGCAGGAGAAGUGCAGCCAGCUGGAAAACGGCAAGAUGGAGCUGGAGAAGCAGCUGAUGGUGCUACAGGCCGAGCUGGAGGAGGAGAGAAGAGAUCGCAGCCUCGGGACCGAAACUAUUACUGACCUGCAGGGUCGUAUCACUGUCCUGGAAGAAGAGGUAAAAGAAGUGAAGUCUUCUCUCUUAAAGGUCCAGACUGAAAAGAAGCAGCUACAGGACAAGCUCAAUGACCUGGAGAAGGAGAAGAGCAACCAAGAGAUCGAUUUGACGUUCAAGCUGAAGUCGCUACAGCAGAGUCUGGAGCAGGAGGAGGCAGAACACAAGGCCACCAAAGCCAAGCUCGCGGAUAAAAACAAGAUCUACCAGUCAAUCGAGGAGGCAAAGUCUGAGGCCUUAAAGGAGAUGGAGUGCACCCUGCAGGAGGAGCGCAGCUUGAAGCUGCAGGUGGAGGGAAAGCUGCUGCAACUAGAGAAGGACCACUCCAUGCUGGACUGUGACUACAAGCAGGCGCAGAACAAACUGGACGAGCUGCAUGCACAAAAGGAGAAACUUUCUGAAGAGGUCAAGAACCUGAGCUUACGUGUGGAGCAGGAGUUCCACAAGCGGAGUCUGAGCCAGAAUGAUCUGAAGAUUCAGAACCAGCAGGUGUCGGUGCUCCGCUCCUCAGAGAAACAGCUCAAACAGGAGCUCAACCACCUGCUGGACAUGAAGCAGGUCCUGGAGAAACAGAACCAGGAGCUACGCAGGGAGAAGCAGGAGGCGGCUGACCAGCUGAAGGAACUGAAGGACCAACUGGAGGCAGAGCAGUAUUUCACGACCCUUUACAAGACGCAGGUCCGCGAACUGAAGGACGAGUGCGAUGAGAAGAAUAAGCUGUACAUUGACGCACAGCAGCAACUGGCAGAAUAUCAGGAGGAGAGGGAUUCCCUGACAACCCAGCUGGAGGCCAGUCUGACCAAGGCAGAUUCUGAGCAGCUGGCUCGCUCCAUCGCUGAGGAGCAGUACUCCGACCUGGAGAAGGAGAAGAUCAUGAAGGAGCUGGAGAUCAAAGACAUGAUGGCAAGACACAAACAGGAGCUCAGCGACAAGGAGGCCACCAUCAGCUCGCUGGAAGAGUCCAAUCGCACUCUGACGGUGGAUGUGGCCAACCUGGCCAGUGAGAAAGAGGAGCUUAACAACCAGCUGAAAGACAUGCAGCAGCAGCUCCAGAAAGCCAAGGAGGAGGAGCAGCAGAUGAACUCGCUCAAAGUGUCCUUUGAAAGGCAGCUGCAGAAUGAAAGGACACUAAAAAUUCAGGCUGUUAACAAGCUGGCUGAGGUGAUGAACAGGAGAGGGCCCGGGGGAGGAAGCCACCGCGGCAACGGCACCGAGGUGCACAGGAAGGAGAAGGAGAACAGGAAGCUGCAGCUGGAGCUGAGAGCGGAGAAAGAGAAACUUAACAGCACCAUCAUCAAAUACCAGAGAGAGAUGGGGGAGAUGCAGGCGCUGAUAGCCGAAGAGAACCAGGUGCGUCUGGAGCUUCAGAUGGCGCUGGACAGUAAAGACAGCGACAUCGAGCAGCUUCGUUGCCAGCUCACCUCCCUCAGCAUUCACUCUCUGGACUCCACCAGCAUCAGCAGUGGCAACGACAUGGAAAUGGGUGAAGGAUACCCAGACUCCAGGCUGGAGGGCUGGGUCUCACUUCCUACCAAGAACACAAAGCGGUUUGGCUGGGACAAAAAAUUUGUAGUUGUGAGCAGUAAGAAGAUCCUGUUCUACAACAGCGAGAUGGAUCGAGAGCAGGCCAACCCGUUCAUGACACUGGACAUCGAUAAGCUGUUUCAUGUCCGACCUGUCACUCAAACUGAUGUGUACCGUGCAGAAGCCAAAGAUAUUUCAAGGAUAUUCCAGAUCUUGUACGACAAUGAAGGCGAGCUUAAACGUGACCAGGAGGCUGUAGUGGACCCAACGCUGUAUGCUGAUCGUCCUGCUUACAUCAACCACAAGGGCCACGAGUUCAUCCUUACGCUCUACCACUUCCCCUCCAGCUGUGAUGCCUGCACUCGACCCCUGUGGAAUGUUUUCAAGCCCCCGCCGGCCCUCGAGUGCCAUCGCUGCCACACCAAGUGCCACAAAGACCACCUGGACAGAAAGGAGGAAGUUAUUGUGCCCUGCAAAGUGAACUAUGACUUGUCCACUGCCAAAGAGCUGCUUUUAUUGACCAACUCUCCAGAGGACCAGCAGCGCUGGGUCAAUCACCUUCUCAAACGCAUCCCGAGGAAACCUCCAGCAAUUAGUUCUCCCUCCGCAGUACAAAACAUCCUUCCUGAAGCAAUUUCAGGUUCACCUUCACCCAGAGCUUCACCUCACAUGUCGGCACAUCGCGGUGCCAUGAAGAUCCAAUCCACUAGACAGCAGCAGCCAUCAGGGAAGCCCAGUUAACCCUGGCUGGAAUCUUUGUGGAUUAAUGACGGCAGCCUGGAUGCAGGUGUCUACGUGCUAUAUUUUUAGGGAAGUAGACUGAAAAAAAUAUACUUAUCGUGGACAGAAACAUUCACAGACACACUGGCUGUCGUCAUGAGAACUGGGACUGUCUUUGUCAUUUUAACAAGAGGAAAAUGAGCAGUAUUCAAAGCAAAAACAAAAAAAACAAACCUCAGCUCAACACUCUGUGAAUAAAUCUGCCUUAUUUUAUAAUCAUGACAAAAAACAUGGACAUUUUAUUAUCAGAUGCAGUGACUCACAUACUGAUUUGUGUUUGUGAGGUAUUAGGCAUGUGUGUGAAUAUUUGUAUAAGAGGUCCGUCUGUGUAUUGUAACACAGAAAUUUAGCUCAUAGUAUAUGAUUGUUUUAUUUUUAUGGAUAUAAGUCAGCAGCACAUUAUAAAGUAUAUCCUUGUCCUGUAAAUGAAUCCAGUUUUACUCUUGGAGUCUUGAUUUUGGGGCAUGUUUUAUUAUACACAAUAGUACAAUUACAACAUAAGACAGAAUAAUGUGAAUUGAACAGAAACGAUGUGUUUUCUUCUCGCCAUUCAUGAAAAAUUCGAAUAAAUUGUUACCGUGA